CUGGGCUCCAGUAGGAACAUGGAGGUGAGAAGAGGAAAACCUUAUUCCCAGUGUGUCCAGGCCUCGGUGCCUAAACAAAAGAGGGGGUUGUUUACAUGUUGCACAUCAAUGGGCAGGAUGCUGAAGCUGCCACAUCAACAAAUGAGGUGCAAAGUGAAGAGGACUGCAGGCAGGUUGGCUGUUUGGAGGGAUGACCAUUUUGCAGAAACUAUUGAGUGCGAGCGAGGUCAGACACUAACUCAUCUCCAUGUGAAAGGGGAGCUGCCUGAGGAAAAGCUUCUCUGUGGAGCUGCAGUUAUGUUGGCUGCUGUGCUCAGAGCAUGACAGCCAGAGAGUGAUAAAUCUACACACAGCCAAAAUAAAGUUUGUGGUUCAUCAACUCAACAGGUAGAUAAGUGCUGUGUUCAUCAACAGUUAUUUAUGGAUACAAAGUGUUAAAAUAUAAACAUGUAUUUGUCUGUAACCCACAGCUCUGGGAGGGGAUUAUAGAUAUUUUCGUGACUCCAAGGUGAAGGCAUUUCUAGUUUCCAAAGCAUUUCUUAACUGAGCUAAAUUCUUUCUUAAUGCAUUAGACCUAAAAGUCAAGCACACCCUCUGGUCCUGCAGUAAGAUCAUGCUUAAUCACAUGGCUGAAGAAGGGUUAGUGUGUUCAGCUGCUGAAACCCUGAGGGCUCUUGGGUCUUCCUGACUUGGGGGGGGCCUGUAAAGCUGCACAGUAGUAUCAGUCAUCAGUGAGCUCGCGCGCCCUGCUCUCGGGGAAGUGACUUUGAGCUUGUUGUGUCUCCUCGGCCCCACGCUGCGCUGCUUUCCAUACGGGGCGGGGUGCCGAGCAGUCCCGGCGCACAGAGCAGAGCGCACCGUCACCAGCUGCUCUCCCUGCUCCGUCUGACAGCAAAAAACAUGGGUUUGGAAAAGGAGAAGCUGGACACCAGCAUCAUUAUGGACGAAGAUGAGUUCAACAGAUCCAUAGAACCGAUCCUGUCCAAGAAAGGGAAAGUUUACAAAGCGGAGCCGGACCGAGAUCCAAACGAUAUCAACGCGCACUUGAAGGUUGGCUUCGACGAUGUCAUCGCAGAGCCCAUGUCCUCUCACAGCUUCGACAAAGUGUGGAUAGGGAGCCACGCAGUCUUCGAGCUGGUUAAAUUCAUCUUCUACCGGCUGCUGAGCACGCUGCUGGCCGUGCCCAUGGCGUUCAUCCUCGGGGUGGUGUUCGGGGUGCUCAGCUGCAUCCACAUCUGGGUGGUGAUGCCGCUGAUCCAGUGCUUCCUGAUGCUCUUACCUUCAGUGCGGGUGGUGUGGAGGAGUCUUACAGACAUGUUCUUAACACCGCUCUUCCACAGUAUGGGAAAAAUCAUGUCCUCUGUUCAAGUGAAUACCAGCGAGAACUACUAGAGACACUCCUCUGUCCCCGUGGAGAAAGAUAUGUAGGAUGGAUUUCCAUUAAGGAACAGAAUAUUCUCCUUUAGGAGGCGUGGAUUUGACCAUUUGCAGGAAAAAGACGUCUUGAUAGCAGAGCUAAAUUUGGGGAAAAGUGAAGGAAUUAAACUUACAUCUUUUAUUUAUCAGAUAUAUUUCAACACUUACAGCAGUUAGAUUAAACCCUUUAAACAAAUAUACCACAUUUUAGCCUUGAUUCCUUUUAACCUGCAAAUUUACACAUCCAUGCAAUCCAAGCGUUGGCUUUUGUUACUGACAUCUUUAUAAGAGGUGAAGGGUUUGAUACCGUUUGGGACUUUAUAAAAACAUGUAAUCCAGAUUGGAGUUAUUUGCUGAUUGUGACCAAAAUGAGUUCUUGUCAUUCCAAUACUCCGUGCUUGAGAGACGUAGAAUCAAUCGUUAUUAAUUCAGAUGAACUCCUGACUUGCUGAGAGAUGUAAUAUUUUUGCUUUUUUUAUAUAUAUAAACUGUAUAUAUUGCAAAAACCUACAGGUAGAAGUUGAAUGUAAUGAAUAUAAUAUGAGCAGACAGUUUAGUAGACAGUAUGACUAUUAAAUGCUAAGAUGCAGCUUGUUGCACAUUUCCAAGCUUCUGUAUUUACUGUAACAGCUGUGUUGACUUCACAGUGCAUCGGUAAUAAUAUUGGGCAUUUGCUUUUUUUUUAUGGACCUAAGCUAUAUGAGAUGUUUUCAAGUGAUACUGAACUAAAGAUUGAAUAUAAUCAGACGGUUGGCUUUCUAAUUUAUGAUUCUUAACGGCCAGGUCUUGACCGGUAAAUACUGACAUUCAGUGUUCUCUAACAUGACGCGUACCACAUUGUGUUCUGUGUUGAACAUGCACAUUUAAUUUGGAGGUGCUUAUUUUUGUCUACAGCUAAUUGGUUGAGGGUUUGAAGGCUUUUACAGCCAGAUAACAACAUGAGUUUAACCUUUAUGUGCAGUGAGGUUUUUAUUCAGUUGAAUUUAAGGUACAACUGUGCAGAUAUAUCAGCUUUUCUUCUGUUUGCUCAAGUUUUUAUAAGUGAUAACCAACCCUUUGAAACAUGUGCAUUCAAUGUGUUAGCAAGCAGUUGACUAAUGUAACAUCUUGCAGAUAUGAGUACCAUUAGCUGUCAAAACAUCAAGCUGUUUAAAGUUAAAUGUGCUACUUUCAUUAGCAGCUAGUUGCUUGCAGUAGUUUCUGAGAACAGCUGCCUGAUGGGUCCUGAAACACAGUGUGUGGAGGCCGAACCAUUUGUGGCAUAUGCUGUUAAACCAGCUAAUGCAGAAGACCUGCAGCUUUGGCUCACAUUCUGCAUGAGUUUUGAGCUUAUGUAUCUCAACUAGGAUGCAUUUAAGCCCAAAACAGGGUUUUUGAAAGGCAGUUGAUGAACCAUAUUGACCCAGAUAGUCUGCUUGGAUGGUAGUUAGAGUUAAGGAUGUUUCAAACAGAGUACUUGACCAGAAGAAGAUAGAACAUGCUGCAGGUCAGAUCUCUAAAUCGCACUGCAUGAUGAGAUGUCAUGUUUUCAGCUGACAGCUAAAGGCACAUGAUCUGUCAGGUAUUUUUCAUCCUUUGACUGAUGAUAGACCGCUAACAACCCUGCAGCCAACAUACUUACGAUCAGUUCUUCUACACUCAGAGGAAAUUCAACGUAGGCUUGUGCAAUAGUGAAGGACAGGUGCGUAGUUAAAACUUUUUCUCUCCUUUCAGCCGUAGCCUGCAGCGAUAUCCAACCUCAGCUCAGCACAGUUAUCCUUCAAAAGUCAUCAACCCUUUUCUGAAAAAAAAAGCAUAACCUGAUCAUUUUUAAGUGUUGCUUAUUGUUGAUAUUCUCAUUUUGUAUCUUUUGCUUUAACAUACCAAAUGUGCUCUUCAUGACCAGAAUAAAGAGAGUUUUUCCUCAA